ACCUGAGGGUCCAUUCCCAGCUUCUAUUUCAUUUCAGAAUUGCAAGAAUCUGCGUACUCUCACAACUUUCAAUUGCAAAAUUUCUGCCAUAGACUCGACGUUGAUUUCACAGCUGAGAUGUCUAAGAACAUUAAAUUUGAGUCACAAUGGCCUCCAUAAGCUUCCAGACAACAUUGGUGAUUUGAUACACUUGAGGUAUCUUGACUUGUCUUUCAAUCGAUCUUUGAAGAAAUUACCCACCACCUUAGGUAAUUUAUUCAAUUUGCAAACCUUGCGCCUUCUUCGCUGCAGUGCUCUUAAAGAACUUCCUAAGAGCAUGGGAAAGCUGAUUAACCUUAGACAUCUUUACAUUCAGUUAUGUGAUCAGCUGAACUACCUGCCAAAAGGGAUUGGCAGAUUAACAAGCUUGCAAACACUAGACAUCUGCCCUGUUUAUGGCAGUGAAGAUGAUGAAGCAUUCAAGCUGGGGGAUUUGGGAAGCUUGGACCAGCUUCAGGGUAUUCUCACCAUAAAAGUCUUGGGGGAUUGGAAGGAUGUCAAAGAGGCUGAGAAUGCACGUUUGUGGAAUAAAAAACUUUUCUAUUUGGGAGUUGAUUCUUGGAAUGAGGACUACAGCAGAAGAAAAGGCAAUGAAGAAAUUUUGUUACUCUUACGGCCACAUCAAGAUUUAAGUUCUUUAGAGAUUAAAUGGUAUGAUGGCACUACCUGGCCUACUUGGAUGAUGUCUUUAUACAAUUUGAAAGUACUUAGUCUUGAUUCUUGUAAGUGUAAAGUUUUGCCUCCUCUUGGGAAAUUGCCAUUCCUUGAGAAGCUCUCAGUGAGCUAUACAAGAGUGAGAAAGAUUGGAGUUGAAUUCCUGGGAAUAGAAGAAGCUCAAACAUUAAUAGAAUCAUCAAGACGUGCAAUUUUGUUCCCAAAAUUAAAAGAGCUCCUGUUUUGGCGAUUGAAUAAUUUGGAAGAGUGGAACGGAAUGGAGGGGUGGAAGGAAGAAGAUUCUGACAUUACAAUAAUGCCAUGCCUUUCUAGCUUAAGAAUUAUGGACUGCAGAAUCCUCCACAUGCUGCCAGACUACUUGCGAAGAUCAAACCUUCAGAGUCUUGAAAUUAUAGGAAGUUGGAAGCUUGCCAGAUGUUGUGAAGAAGGCAAAGGAAGCGAGUGGCCCAAGAUUUCUCACAUCCCAAACAUCAAAAUUGAGUACCCCGAUAGAUAUCUGUAAUAUGCAAGUAAUGGCCAUAUCCAGUUACUAUGAUCUUCUGCCACCACAUAUCCUUCUAUUGAAAGGAAAAGCAGUGGAAUAUAUUGGAGAGCAACUGCAGAAUGAAAUAUAUACUUGGUGGCUUUUGACUGAUAACUAUCAGAAGACAUACCGGUACAAAGAUGAUACACGA